GCAUUUUCUUGCCGUGGUUUCUCACCAUCUUCGUCGCUAUGUCAAGAUUUCUGAUCUCUAGGAUUGUUGGAAAACAAACGAAAUCUCUUAUUUCGAACCAGAAAGAGAGAGUGUCCCAAUGGGGAAGCUAUAGAACUGCUUUUACAGCUGCUCUAAGGUCGCCUCAAUUCAGAACUUACUCUUCAUCUGGUAGGGUUCUGAGUAAUGGGUAUUGUAUAUUGGCCUUUAGAGAUCUUAAAGGAAGUUUUUUGAGUAAGCAUCUGUCGCGAAGUUAUUCUACUGCACCUGCAAGAAAUGUAGUUAGUCAUCAUGCCCAAGUUGCUUGGAAAAGGCUUCAUUAUAAGUAUUCUGAGCGUAUAAGUACUAUUGCUCAGGCGUUCAGCUUGUCUCUUACCCGUUCACACUUGUUAAUACCUGGGAUCGUUGCUCUCACUUGUGGACAAGUAGCUUGGGCUCAAAGAGCUCCUGGUUCGACGAUUAAUCACUAUGCUUCAGAUAAAUCCCUUUAUACAAGGGCGAAGAAUGGUCCUAUCUUUCUGUCUUCGUUAUUGUUUUCGGUUAUAGAGGGUUUUAUUUUGAUUGGGAGGGCUUUUUAUAUAGCUUGUUUGUUUACUCCUAGUAUUCUGAUGGGGCUGGUUGUGGAAUCAUGUGGGCCUCGUUUUAGGAAAAUUUGGCUUCAGAUGGUCCAUCGAACUCUGGAAAGAGCAGGUCCUGCUUUUAUCAAAUGGGGUCAAUGGGCAGCCACACGACCAGAUCUAUUCCCCAAGGAUUUGUGUUUACAGCUCUCAAAGCUUCACAGUAAUGCUCCUGAGCAUAGCUUUGCCUACACUAAGAAAACUAUUGAGAAGGCGUUUGGUCGUAAACUUUCUGAGAUAUUUGAGGAGUUUGAAGAGGUGCCAGUGGCAUCUGGGAGUAUUGCUCAAGUACAUAGAGCUUCUUUAAGGUUUCAGUAUCCAGGACAAAAGUCCAAGUCUUCGUUGGUUGCUGUUAAAGUUAGACAUCCGGGUGUUGGUGAAUCGAUUAGGAGAGAUUUUGUGAUAAUUAAUUUGGUGGCAAAGAUAUCUACAUUAAUUCCAGCUUUGAAAUGGUUGAGAUUAGACGAGAGUGUCCAACAGUUUGGUGUCUUCAUGUUGUCUCAAGUUGAUCUCGCGAGGGAAGCUUCACAUUUGAGUCGGUUCAUAUAUAACUUCCGUAGAUGGAAGGAUGUCUCUUUCCCUAAACCUGUGUAUCCGCUUGUACAUCCUGCUGUUUUGGUGGAGACAUAUGAGCAUGGAGAAAGCGUGGCACGUUAUGUUGAUGGAAUGGAAGGACAUGAAUGGAUUAAGACUAGAUUGGCUCAUAUCGGGACACAUGCCCUCUUGAAGAUGCUCUUGGUUGAUAACUUUAUUCACGCUGACAUGCAUCCGGGAAAUAUCCUUGUCCGGAAAAAGGCUUCGGGUGGAGGCCUUUUCAAAACGAAGAAGCCUCACAUUGUUUUCCUUGAUGUGGGAAUGACUGCGGAACUCUCAAAGAACGACCGAGAGAACUUACUUGAUUUUUUCAAGGCGGUUGCACGUAGAGAUGGCCGGACUGCUGCUGAACGAACACUUAAAUUAUCAAGAAAGCAGAAUUGUCCCAAUCCAGAGGCUUUUAUCGAGGAAGUAGAGGAGGCAUUCAAAUUCUGGGGAACCCCUGAGGGAGAUUUAGUACAUCCAGCAGAUUGUAUGCACGAAUUACUUGAGAAAGUAAGACGUCAUAGAGUUAAUAUUGAUGGGAAUGUGUGCACUGUGAUGGUGACAACAUUAGUUCUCGAGGGUUGGCAGCGGAAACUUGACCCAGGAUAUGAUGUGAUGCACACGUUGCAAACAAUGGUGUUGAAAACCGACUGGGCUAAGUCUCUUUCUUACACGGUGGAUGGUCUGAUGGCGCCGUAGGAGAAGAAAGGUCCCAUCUUUCUGAAAUUUUGUUUGUUAUCAUCAUAGGAGUCAACAAUUUACACAUCUUAGAUGAGAGAACAUAGAAAGAAAGUACAUGUUCUUGU